AUGGGCCCAGAGAGUGUUAGGAGAAACGAGAGCAGCCAGGGGCAAGCGCAAGCCCCUGGGCAGUUUCACUUCCUCAGGGCGCCCUCGCAAGGCCUCGUGGUGACCCUGUGGCCUGAGCCCACGGGCUGCGUUUCCGGGCCCUGCGGCCAGACCCGCCCGCGGCGGGCUGACGAAGGGGGGCGUCUAGAGACGAUCUCGCCGAGAAUCUCGGGCUGCAGAGUCCUGGCCGCAGGCUGCCUGGCUUCAGCCGCCGCGAUGCUGCCUGCAGCGUCGGGCCGGGCGGGCGGGAGCCGGGAGCGGGCCCCCGGCAGCCCAGCGCCCCCAGAAAAUACAAAAGACAUCCUACUGAUACAUGGAGAAGAUGCUGAGGAAUGGGCUCUGUACUUGAGGGAAGUUUUUUUGCAUGUUGUGAAAAGGGAAGCGGUCCUGUUAUAUCGCUUGGAGAAUUACUCUUUUUGGGAUUUGGAAUUGCUGAGUUUAAACUCUUACAAAUGUAAACUUUUGAUCUUAUCAAAUAGCCUCCUUAAAGACCUAACUCCAAAGAAAUGUCAGUUUCUUGAAAAGAUACUUCAUUCACCAGAAAGUGUGGUUACUCUGUUGUGUGGGGUGAAGAGUUCAGAUCAGCUCUACAAAUUAUUAAAUAUCGUCAGAGGCAGAUGGGAAAUGUCUACCGAGCAGGAGCCCGAAGAUUACAUCGCUGUAAUCGAGAGUAUCAUAUUCAGAGGUUCUGAUGACUACCUUGAGUUCAGUAUUCCAACAGACCUAAAAGUGGAACAUUCUGGGGAAAUAAGUAAGAGACAGGAAAUUGAAGAAUUAUCAAAAGCUUCAAGAGAUGCCAUACCACAGGCAAUUGUGCUUCCUGCUGAAAUUCCAUGUGAGAAUCCUGGUGAAAUAUUUAUUAUUUUGAAAGAUGAAGUCAUUGGUGAUACUGUGGAGGUUGAAUUUACAUCAAAUAGCAAAUGUGUUAGAACACAGCCAACCCGUUGGAAUAAGACAGUCUGGUGUAUGGAAGCUUUAGAUUUUCCUGCUGGGUCUGUCAAUGUCCACGUCUACUGUGAUGGAGUCAUUAAGGCCACAACAGAGAUUAAGUACUCUACAAGUGCAAAGGCUGUGGAAUACCUAUUGGGAGUGGCAAGUCCAGGAGAUGGUGUGCGCCAGAAAGACAUUGACGAACUUGAUGAUAUUCUCACGUCCGUAUUCAAGCAUGAAAUACCAUAUUAUGAAUUUCAGUCGCUCCAACCUAACAUCAACCCUCAAAAAGAAUAUACUCAUUUCAAGGAACUUCCAACCCUUCUCCACUGUGCAGCAAAAUUUGGUUUAAAGAACUUAGCUAUCCAUUUGCUUCAAUGUUCAGGAGCAACCUGGGCAUCUAAGGUGAAAAAUUUGGAGGGUUCUGAUCCAGCACAUAUCGCCGAAAGGCAUGGUCACAAAGAACUCAAGAAAAUCUUUGAAGACUUCUCAAUCCCAGAAGUUAGCAGAAAUGAUCAAGAAAAUGACUAUGAAGAUGAUUUUACUUCAUUAUUUGCAUAUUCUUCUACCAUACAGACCCCAGCAUUUCAUCCUGAAGGUGGACAGACAUACAGGCAGUGGGCAGAAGGAGCUGAGGCAGAUGAACUGGCAAAGGAAGAUAAAGAGGGUGAAUCGAGCACAGAGGCCGAGCACAGCCUAGCAGAGGUUGGGGUUGGCACUUCUGCGAACCAGUAUGAUGAUGACUUCUAUGUGUUCGUUCCUGGAGACAAUCCAGAACAUACUUCACGAGAGCCACUCGUCAGCAACAGACCACCUCCCCCCCCUCCACGACCUGUAGCUGCUGCCUUCCCACUGGAAAAACCUCACUGCACAUUGCAGGGGAAAAUGGUGGAAGGCCAAAUGGAAAGAAGUCAAAACUGGUGUGAUCUCGGAGCAAGACAGGAAACAGGAGGCGAGACCAAAGGAGAAAGGAGAGAAAAUGAAGACGAGAAAGAGGAAGACCCAUAUACAUUUGCUGAGAUUGAAGACAGUGAUUAUGACAUGAUAUUGGCCAAUAUGAGUACAAAGAAAAAAAAUGGGAGUUGGUCUUUUAUACUAAACAGACCUCCUGCCCCUACACCUCGACCCACAAAUAUCCCUCCAAAAGAGGAAACCACACCUUACAUAGCUCAAGUGUUUCAACAAAAGACAGCCAGAAAACAGUCUGAUGGCGACAGGUUCCACGGUCCUAAGAGACAAGACAGAGCUCGGCUGGAGAGUCAGGCCUUUUCCACUGUGAACUGCCUUGCUGCUGGGCAGGAAGAGCUCAUCCUUCUUCAAGAGAAAGUCAAGAAUGGGAAACUAUCUGUGGAUGAAGCCCUAGAGAAAUUUAAGCAUUGGCAGAUGGGAAAGACUGAACUGGAAAUGAUUCAGCAGGAAAAACUACGCCAGCUACGAGAUUGCAUCAUUGGGAAAAGGCCAGAAGAAGAAAACGUCUCUGAUAAACUCACCAUUGUGCACCAUCCAAAUGGUAACGAGAGUGCCCGCAAUGAAAAUAUGUUAUAUAACACACCCUUCCGCAAUAAGGAAAGAUUACUAAAGAAGGUUAUUAUAAUGAAACCCAAAAAUCUGCAGACACUGUGCUUUCUGGGUGAAGCAUGCUUGCAUUUGGAUUGCCUGCUGUCUUCAGGGAAAAUACUAUACUACAAAAGCAGAGGCAAACCUCUGGAUUUCAGAAUUUGUCAUUGCCACGAUUUAUUGGCAUUAACCUGCUUCAGAUAGGUACAUCAGGAUUCAAAUUGAAUGCCAUAGAGUGAUUGCAUUCUUUGACAGUUCUUGCAUUUUACAAUGCAUUUUGCCACUGAAGCAGCUGUUCCCCAUUUUGAAAAUUAAGGGAAAACAAAAACAGAGAGGUGACAACUUCUCUGUAGCAAAGAUAUUGUGCCUGUUUGAAGCACUCACCUGAACAGUUUACUCCUUACUCCUUACCUACUGUCUUUAGAAUGACCAUGAAAAUACACAUUUGUUAUAGAUAUAUAUGCUUUUUAAGUUGCUGGUCCAUUUUCUGAAUUUCUGACAUUCAAAUCUCUAAUUAUUAUUGCUAUGUUUUGAGAAACCUUCUCUUACUUAGUGCCUAUUUGCAUGUAACCUUGAGAAUAUUAUUUCUUAACAUUCUAUAACUCAAAUUAAUAUACAUUUCCACAACCUACAUUCUUUAAAAGGCUUACAAUUUCAGCAACCUAUUUCUUAAAAACAACUUACUAGUGUAGAAUAGAAUGCAGUGUUACCAUUCUGUGAUUCCCAUGCACGAUUCCUGCAAAUAAAAUGAAUGUUUAAAACUG